AUGGCGUUCUUAAGAUUACAGAGUGAUCACAUUUCAUCCAUUUUGUCGGAAAAGCCUGAUCGGGUUCUUAGGUGUAGACAUGUGUCUAUCGCAGAGCCUCCUCCACAAAUCAUAGGCCUUUUAAGAGAAGCCGGGUUCUAUCAUGCGGCUCAAAUUCUUAGUUUCCGAAUUGAUGCCGCUCUUGUGAGUGCAUUAGUGGAGAGAUGGCGGACUGAAACACACACAUUCCACCUUACAUGCGGUGAGACAACAAUCACGUUGAAAGAUGUGGCACUAUUACUUGGCUUACCGAUUAACGGCCACGAAGUCAUCGGACAGACUUCCGACUUAAGAAGUGCUCUCUGUGCAGAGUUGCUCGGAGUGGUCCCACCGGCGGAGCAAAGGAAAGGUCAGAGUAUAACUCUAACGUGGCUCGAGGAAACAUUUGGCAUGAUGUCAUACGAUGCAGGUCAACGACAGAUAGAAUGUUAUGCACGUGCCUAUAUCCUAAGGCUUAUCGGCUGUGUCCUCAUGCCAGAUAUGUCUCAGAACAGGGUUCAUCUGAAGUGGUUACCACUUCUGAGGGAUUUUACAGAUGCAGGAAAAUACAGUUGGGGUUCAGCAUGUCUAGCAACCCUGUACAGAUCUUUAUGCCGUGCAUCCAACAAGGAUAUGAAAAAUAUCAGUGGAUCUAUAAUAUUACUUCAAUCAUGGGCAUGGUGGGCGCACAUUGAAGUGGACGAUGAUAGCCGUAGCAACAAGCACAAUGUGAAGAUAUAUAGGCAGCUACUAGAUCGGUUGGAGAUGCAACAGUUUAUAUGGCGGCCUUAUGAUUCGAACGAGAUAAUCGCACAAGUGCCACAUGACAUUUUCGCAGAUAGAACUUUAUGGACUGCAUUUACAUCAUUGAUUUGCUUCGAAGUUGUUGAGUGGCACCAAACAGAUCGAGUGACAAGACAAUUUGGCUUCACCCAAGGUGUUCCUCUCGAUCCAGUUUGCAUUGGAUUGACCCAUGAUCAUGAUCUUCGUGGCAGAAUUAACACAGAUUGGGCAUUGAUCACGGAAGAUGGAUUGGAUUCUAGAGAGAUAGAGCGUCACGUUGCCUCAGCCUCCAUGUUCCUGCCGGGAAUAACGCAAUGUCGGUGGAAUAUUAUGCCAAGUGAUCUAAAAGCUGAUUUGAUAGAUUCAUGGCGAUCAGAUAUAAAACAUAUUCCUUGUUGUGGUGUUACACUGGAAUGCAAGUUGCGCAAGAAGAAAGUCAAUGCACCCAACGUUUCUCAUUCGACGAUGGCAAAACCAAUCGGCAGGAUAUUUUUAUUACCAUCUUGUGCGAUUGCCAACAACAAAGUGCCUUUGUAUUUGCCAUAA